AUGCAUCUCGUUCCAAAAGAGCUUGAUAAGCUCGUGAUUUCACAGCUUGGCUUUCUCGCACAAAAGAGGCUCGCCAGAGGUGUCAAGCUGAACCAUGCCGAGGCCAGCGCCUUGAUUGCGAGCAAUUUACAGGAGCUCAUCCGAGAUGGACAACACACAGUCGCCGACCUGAUGAGCAUCGGGGCCACCAUGCUCGGCCGCCGCCACGUCCUGCCCUCAGUCCCUGCCACGCUCCACGAGAUCCAGGUCGAGGGCACAUUCCCUUCCGGGACGUACCUCGUGACCGUCCAUAAUCCCAUCUCCACCGAGGAUGGAGAUCUCGAGAAGGCUCUAUACAGCAGUUUCCUGCCUGUGCCCAGUCAACGGCUGUUUCCCAUGCCUCCAGCGGAAGCGUACGAGGCUCACAACGAGCCUGGCGCGGUAGUCGUCGUCAAGGACGUCCGGGUCAAGCUCAACGAGGGCCGCAGGCGGAUACGGCUCAAGGUCACCAGCAAAGGUGAUCGCCCAAUCCAGGUCGGCAGCCACUACCACUUUAUCGAGACGAACCCAUACCUCGAGUUUGACCGGGAGAAGGCGUACGGGUUUCGGCUGGACAUCCCCGCAGGCACGUCGGUGCGGUUCGAGCCCGGCGACACCAAAACGGUGACGAUGGUCGAGAUUGGUGGUAAUAAGGUCAUUCGCGGCGGGAAUAAUCUGGCGUCUGGUCCGGUGGACUUGUCUCGCGCUGCUGAUAUUGUGGCUAACCUGCAGCGGGCUGGCUUUUCACACGCCCCGGAACCCGUCGGCGAUAUGGCGUUUGUUGAUGUGUACUCGAUGGACAGAACUGCUUACAAGACCAUGUUCGGGCCGACUGUUGGAGAUGUCGUCCGGCUGGGCCUUACAGACCUUUGGAUCAAGGUUGAGAAGGAUCUCACGUUCUAUGGCGACGAGUGCAAGUUUGGCGGAGGCAAGACACUACGUGAGGGCAUGGGCCAGAUGAGCGGAUGCCCAGAUUCGGAGUCGCUUGACCUGGUUGUCGUCAAUGCUCUGAUUGUCGAUUGGACUGGCAUCUACAAGGCUGAUAUCGGAGUGAAGAACGGCAUGAUCGUUGGCAUCGGCAAAGCUGGCAACCCAGAUGUCAUGGACGGAGUUACGCCAGGGAUGAUUGUUGGCAGCUGCACCGAUGUCAUUGCUGGCGAGAACAAGAUCAUUACCGCUGGAGGUUUCGACUCGCACAUCCAUUUCAUCUGCCCACAGCAAGCAAACGAAUCGCUUGCUUCGGGUGUCACCACCAUAUUGGGGGGAGGUGUUGGUCCAAGUGCUGGAACAAGUGCUACAACCUGUACACCGGGAGCGAAUUACACCAAGUUGAUGCUGCAGGCUGGCGACGCUAUCCCCUUGAAUAUUGGCAUAACCGGCAAGGGUAAUGAUUGUGAUCCGCAUGCCCUCCGGGAACAGGUCAUUGCUGGCCAAUGCGGUCUGAAGCUUCACGAGGAUUGGGGCACAACUCCGGCGGCCAUCGACUCCUGUCUUACUGUCUGCGACGAGUUGGAUGUGCAGUGCCUUAUCCAUACCGAUACGCUGAACGAAUCUGGCUAUGUCGAGAGCACCAUCGCCGCGAUCAAGAACCGGACCAUCCAUACCUACCAUACCGAAGGCGCAGGUGGCGGCCAUGCUCCGGACAUCAUCAGUGUCGUCGAGCAUCCAAACGUACUGCCCAGUUCGACAAACCCGACACGUCCAUACACGCGCAACACUCUAGACGAGCACCUUGAUAUGCUCAUGGUCUGCCACCACUUGUCCAAGAACAUUCCCGAAGACGUGGCCUUUGCCGAGUCUCGCAUUCGCGCCGAGACCAUUGCGGCUGAGGACGUCUUGCACGACCUUGGAGCCAUCAGCAUGAUGUCGAGCGACUCGCAGGCGAUGGGCCGCUGCGGAGAGGUGAUUUUGCGUACAUGGAACACGGCACACAAAAACAAGGUUCAGCGUGGAUAUCUCCCCGAGGACGAUGGCACUGGCGCGGACAACUUCCGGGUGAAGCGCUAUGUGAGCAAGUACACUGUGAAUCCAGCGAUUGCUCAGGGCUUCGGUCAUCUCAUCGGCAGUAUCGAGGUUGGCAAACUGGCCGACUUUGUGGUUUGGGAUCCUGCCUGGUUCGCGACGAAGCCAAGCUUGGUCGUGAAGAGUGGCCACAUUGCGUGGGCGCAGAUGGGCGACCCGAAUGCGUCCAUUCCCACGAUUCAGCCCGUCAUCGGCAGGCCCAUGUACGCUCCACUCGUGCCCUCCACAUCGGUCACGUUCGUUUCACAGGCGAGCAUCGACACUGGUGUGGUGGCCUCAUAUGGCCUGCGCAAGCGUGUGGAGCCGGUCAAGAAUUGCCGCAACAUCGGCAAGCGCGACAUGAAGUUCAAUGACACGAUGCCCAAGAUGAGGGUGGACCCGGAGACAUACACCGUCGAGGCGGAUGGGGUGCACUGCACCGCGGAGCCCUCUGAGCAGUUACCGCUCACGCAGGCUUACUUUGUAUACUGA